UUGAGUUGGCAACUUCUAACGAUCAACCUUGCCAGCCCGCAUGACUCUGUGUCGGCAUUCUGUUGCAAAUACCAGCCCAUUUGCUUCUCCUUCAUCAGUCCUAGAUAACUAUGGAGAACAAUGCAUACAGUUGGAAGCACGGAGGCCUUUUAAAAAUAUUACGAAUGUCCCAGUGGUUAAUUCAACGACGGCAUCAAAAGCGAAACAAGGUUGGUGCAUGGACAGUUCAGUGGUCGAUCAGUAUGGUUGCUCAUCAAACAUGAAGCAAGUUUUGGUAUAUCUAAAGCGGGUAAAGACAUAUCUGAAUUGGACCAAGGCCUUAUUCUUCAGUCAAAUAUGUGCCACCUAGAUCAUGGAACUCGGCUGACGGAUG